AAAGCCUCAUAUGGGAGCAGAGGAGGAGCAGUCAGUCAGGGUGCUGACACUCCACGGAGGAAGCUCACUGCUGCAGUCGAUGCUGGCUCCCUCUCCCCCGCGGAGGUAACGCUCUGCUCGGUGUGAGCGCAUAAACAAGCGGAGCGGAGCAAGAGGGAUGCCGCAGAAGACCAAGUAACGCUCCCGUGGACUUUUGUAGACUCAGGAGAGAAGAGGCCAAGCCUUUUUUGCUCUUCAGUGCUCCCAUUGUCCUUAGCCAGCUUUCAAUGUGGGCUCCAGUGUUUUCGCUCUCGCCAGGCUGAAAUCCUCCAGGGUCAGGACCUCGCUCAUGGCGGCCCUGCUCCUUGGGCUGCUGCUCUUCGCCAUGCAGUCCCCAACCGUCCCCUCCUCCGGGCCACUGACCGACACAGAGGGGUCGCCCGUCUCUCCUUCCCCGGUCGACAACGGCACCGUGAGCCAUCCCAACGGGACGGUGCAGCAGCUGCCGCGGGUCCUCAUCAUCGGCGUAAGGAAAGGCGGGACGCGGGCGCUCAUCGAGAUGCUGAGCUUGCACCACUCUGUAGCUGCGGCCCAGAACGAGGUGCAUUUCUUUGACUGGGAGAGCCACUUCCAGAAGGGCUUGCCUUGGUACCGCAGCCAGAUGCCCUUCGCCUACCCUGAUCAGAUCACCGUGGAAAAGACGCCGGCGUACUUUACAUCCGCCAAAGUCCCCAAGCGGAUCCAUCAGAUGAACCCGGACGCCAAGCUGCUGCUCAUCCUCAGAGACCCCACGGAGCGUGUGCUGUCGGACUACACGCAGGUCUUCUACAACCGCCUCCAGAAGCACAAACGCUACCAGCCCAUCGAGUCGGUGCUAAUGAAGGAUGGCGAGGUCAACCUGGGCUACAAGGCGCUCAAUCGCAGCCUGUACUACGUACACAUGCAGAAUUGGCUGCGGUACUUUCCGCUGGAGAGCAUCCAUCUGGUGGAUGGCGACCAGCUCAUCCAAGACCCCCUUCCCGAGAUGAAAAAGGUAGAGCGUUUCUUAAGACUGGAGCCGCAGAUCAACGCCUCCAACUUCUACUUUAACAAGACCAAGGGAUUCUACUGCUUGCGAGAGCACGGGCGGGAGCGCUGCCUGCACGACUCCAAGGGCAGGGCGCACCCUCGCGUGGCUCCUGCCAUCUUGCAAAAACUCUACCAGUUCUUCCACCAGCCCAACAGGAAAUUCUUUGAGCUGGUGGGCCGAACGUUCAACUGGAAGUGAAAGCCUUCUCUUUCGGUGCUAACAGAGUAGAUGGACACAUUGCUAAAUCUAUUUUGACACAAGGUAGACUUUUCAUUUAAAAUUUCAGGAUGAACCUAUAAUGCAAUGUUCCCUGUUUACUUCUCUAAUGAGUUUUUUUUUUUAAUUUUGUUGAUUUUCUAAGUCGAACCAGUCAAAAAAUGAUUAUAGCAGAAAUUAAUGUGAGCAGACCACACUCCGCCUCCGGCAGCACGUGGGGAUGAAGAAACGUCUACUCAGUGACGAUGUUAAAGGGUUUUUUUUCAAUUUAAAAUUGAUUACCUUUAACAAGAUACGAUCUUGGCGGGCUAAUGCACCUUUUUUGCACUGUAAAUCUUUGUUGUGAAAAUGUAUCCUAGUCUCCAUGACUACCAUUCUUCCAUCCAGAAGAUGUAGAACUUCCGCCAAAGCACAGAAAAAGUAGUUCUUGAAAUAUGUAGUCAUGGCAAUCACUAUACGUUU